CCCGUUGUCAUUACACAUGCAGAUUAUUGGCAGCCAUGGGAGAGAGCAUAAACGGAGCAAAAGGCGCUGUUGAAGCGGCGCUGGAGAGGGUAGAUUUUUCGAUGCUGAGAGAUAGAGACAGGGAAGGGGUGAUGGUUGAGCUUGGGAUGGAGCUGAUAUGGAUAAUAUGCUUCCUCAUUAACAGCGAAAGAACGAGCCACGGACGGAUGGUUGCCGGCUACUGGUGCCCGGUCAUCGUACUCCUUGCCGGAAGAUGUGAUUAUGCUCUUCUAAAAAACACCCAACGCUUGGAUAAUCUAUGCAAAAAAUUUGCCAGUCUUAGACAAAAGGUUCAACCUCUUGUUAUUACCUGUCAGUGCCAUCCUCCCUCCUCAUCGUCAUCCCCUGUUUCUUUCAAAGGCCUUUAGAGAUAUGAAGCUUAAUUGUAUAUAUGGUUAAGCUUUAUAUCCGCCUUUCCUUCUUUCAUGUAUUCGUACCGUUUUUUGGCAUUGGUUGUAUUCCCCAUUCUAUAAGUAAGUUUGUUUAAUUGUUCUGGAUUUGAUGUUUUUGCUUUAUUCACGUACAAGAGAAUACUACCUUCCUCCCCAUUUGAUUUGCA